UUGAUGAUUUACUUGCAGCUCCUAUUACUUUUCCUAAUGAUUCUUUUAUUAUUCCGAUGCUGAAUGGUGACAAUGUCAUUGACUGGAAGGAAUGUGUCCUGCUCACUCUUGGGUAUAAGGACCUUUGACUUGGCACUUAGGGUGGAUGAACCACCCAAGCCUAUGGAAGAUAGCACUCCAGCUGAGAUUACAACAUAUGAACAAUGGGAGCGAUCCAAUUGCUUAAGUUUAUCAUUGAUCAAAUCUCGGGUGCCCAAAAGUAUUAGGGGCACAAUUCCUGCUACUGAAAAUCUCGAGGAAUUCAUGAAGUACUUGAUGAACAAUUUGUGACUUUUGAUAAGGCACUUUCAAGUACUUUGAUGAAGAGGUUCACAGAAAUGACGUUUGAUAAUUCUAAGGGUGUGCGUGAACAUAUUAUGGAAAUGAGAGACAUUGUUUCUAGGCUCAAGUCCUUGGAGGUAGAUAUUUCUAAUGUUUUUACUGUCCACUAUAUUUUGAAUUCUCUUCCGGCAAUUUAUGGCCCCUUCAAGAUCACCUACAACACACAUAAGGAUAAAUGGUCAAUUAAUGAACUUAUGGCUAUGUGUGUUCAAGAGGAGGAAAGGUUGAAAAAUGAAAAACCAAAUAUAAAGCAUGAAAGUGUGAAUUUGGUUAGUCAUGGCAAAGACGAAAAAGGGGAAAGGUUUUUCAAUUGGAAAGAAAAAUGCAAGUGUGCCAAUGAAGGGAUCUGGCAAGAAGGAUGCAUGCUUCUUUUGCAAGAAAAUUGGACAUAUGAAAAAGAUUGCCAGAAGUAUAAAAAGUGGCUGGAAAAGAAAGGUUCUUCAAUUCAUAUUUCUAAUACCAUGCAGGGAUUUCUCAACCUAAGGAAGCCGAAGGAAAGUGAACAAAGCAUCUAUUUGGGCAAUCGGAUGCAUUCACAAGUUGAGGUUGUUGGGACUUUGAGAUCUUAA